AUUAGAGUAGGGUCUGGGGAGGGUGUGUGUACGCAGACCUUGCCCCUACUCGAAAGUAGAGAGGCUGUUUCCAAAGAGACCCCCGGCUCAACGUCGAAAGUUGCAUUGCUUGACUAACUGCUACUUCAUUAAUUAAAGAAGCGCAAAUAGUUUAGAUAUCCAUUUUGAUUUAUUCCAUCACACCCCAAAGCCAAAAACAGAUAGAAUUAUACUCCGUACUCCAUAGAAUAAAAUGUCAAAGACCAAAAUUAAACGGGAGAUAAAAAUGGCCACCCUUUUUCCUCUCUACCCUUCUUCUUCCUCCUCGCCUUCUUCUUCACUCUCCACACCAAAACACAAAAUCUUCUUCCUGAAAACAAGACCUUUCCUCCAUCACCAUCUCACACCAGUCUUUCUAGCAUCAGCCCACCCUUCCGAUACUAGCCACGAACUUCCGGAGCCCGUCAAGACUCUCUGGCAGUGGGGAUCUGAAGAAGGAGUGGUGUCAAAGAAGACGCCAGUGAGGCCAGGAAUCGUCCCGGAAGGGCUAGGGUUGGUCGCCACCAAAGACAUUGGGAGAAACGGUGUCGUUUUGGAGGUGCCCAGAAGGUUCUGGAUCAAUCCGGACACCGUUGGAAACUCUGCGAUUGGGCGCGUGUGCUCUGGGUUGAAGCCUUGGGUUGCUGUGGCUCUGUUCUUGCUGAGAGAGAAGCAAAUGGCUGAUUCUGUUUGGAGAUCUUACCUGGAUUCCCUUCCUGACUGCACCAAUUCUACUGUUUUCUGGUCAGAAGAGGAGCUUGCUGAGCUUCAAGGUACUCAGCUAUUAAGCACGACUAUUGGUGUUAAAGAUUAUGUUCAAACUGAGUUCCAGAAAGUUGUAGAAGAAGUUGUAGUUCCAAACAAGCAGCUCUUCCCAUUCACUAUAACAUUGGAUGACUUCUUUUGGGCAUUUGGUAUCCUCAGAUCGAGGGCAUUUUCCCAUCUUCGAAAUCAAAAUCUUAUUUUGAUUCCAUUUGCAGACUUGAUCAAUCACAGUGAUAGAGUUACCAUGGAAGAUCAUGCAUAUGAAGUUAGACGAACCAAUGGUCUUUUCUCCCGGGAUUACUUAUUCUCUUUGCGAAGCCCAUUACCAGUGAAGGCUGGUGAGCAAGUUUUCAUCCAAUAUGAUCUGAACAAGAGCAAUGCUGAUUUUGUGCUGGACUAUGGUUUCAUUGAUUCAAGUCCGCGUCGUGAUUCAUUUACCCUAAACUUGGAAAUCCCCGAGUCAGAUGAGUUUCAUGGGGACAAACUGGACAUUGCAGAGUCAAAUGGUUUAGGGGAAACAGCAUACUUUGAUAUAAAGUUGGGCCAAUGUCUUCCACCUCAAAUGCUUCCCUACUUGAGGUUGGUAGCACUUGCGGGGCCCGAUGUCUUCUUGCUCGAGUCAAUAUUCCGGAACUCCAUUUGGGCCCACCUGGAAUUACCCGUUAGCCGUGCAAAUGAGCAGCUCAUAUGUAGAGUAAUCCGAGAUGCUUGCGCCUUGACACUUUCCGGAUAUCAGACCACUCUUGAAGAGGAUGAGAAAAUGAAACAAGGAAACCUCAGUCCUAGACUUGAGAUAGCCAUAGGAGUACGGGCGGGGGAGAAGAAAGUGUUGAGACAGAUAGACAACAUUUUCUGGGAGAGGGAAGAGGAACUCGAUGAAUUGGAAUACUACCAAGAGAGAAGGCUCAAAGAUCUCGGCCUCGUUGGAGACCCGGGCGAAAUCAUAUUCUGGGAGCCUAAAUAGGGAGUUCCUAUAUUGUACAUUCGGAUGUACGGUAUUUAUUGUACGUCCGACAUAUGUCCAUUAACAAGUUAAAGAAUAUAUUCAUUUCACACAUUUAUUUUUGUGCAUGUACUUAGAACAUGCACAUUACGAAGUUGAUCGUUUGCCCCAAAGAAAAUUUCUCAUUUUGU